AUGAAAGCCUUCCUUCUUGCCGUUAUUUUGGUUCUUGCCUCUCUUGCUGUUGUUUCUGCUGCUCCAAGCGAGUUCUGCGAUGUCUGCAAGUAUGCCGUUCAACAAGUGGAUCAACUUGCUCUUCAAAACGAAGCUGCUAUUCAAAACGCCCUUCUUGGUGCUUGUCAACAAUUGGGAGACAAUCAAUUUGGAAAGAUCUGUAACACUAUUGUUCUCGUUUACGGAAACGAACUUAUCAAUGCUUUGGUGACCUAUGAGAAUCCAACUCGUGUCUGUACUGACCAAUUGCCAUUGUGCCCAAAGAAUAACACUGUUGCUACUCCUGCUCCAGUCGUUGUUCCAAAGGAAGAAGUUAAGGCCACUGCUGGUGAUGCUGAAUGUGAAAUUUGCAAGUUCUUGAUCCAACAAGUCGAAGCAUUCAUCGCUUCUAACCACUCUCAAGCUGAGAUCCAAAAGGAAUUGAACAAGUUGUGUUCAUCUGUUCCUUCCAUCUUUACUCAAACAUGUUUGAGCGUUGCUAGAAUGGUUCCAUACAUUCUUAAAAAGCUUGAAGAACACAAUUCACCAGGUCAAGUCUGUCAAGGCUUGCACUUGUGUACGUCAAGCGCUGUCAAGACCAUGCCAACAUUCCAAGUUGAUGCUGAAGUCAAGGGACUUAUUCCAUGUCCUGCUUGUUUGAUGGCUAUGGAGUUGGUUGAACAAGAAAUUUCUCAAUCAUCUGUUCAAUCCUUCGUUGAGGACAAGUUGAAGAAUGUCUGUGCCAAGUUGCCAUCCACUUUCUCCGGAUACUGUGCAUCCUUGGUCAACCAAUAUUUCCCAGUUUUGGUUCAAAAAUUGUUGUUGGCUGUCAGCCCAGAGAAGAUUUGUAAGCUUGUUGAUGCUUGUCCAGCAUCAUCCUCUAAGGCCGUCAAAGCUCUUAAGGCUACCAUGGUCAAGUUGAACUAA